CCUCCCAUUCUAACCGCACAUGCGCGGCUCCCGGAGCGCAACGAUCGGCGGUGCGCUGUGUCCCUCGGACACAGCGGAUCACCGAUCCACUGAAAGAGCCGAAGAUCACUGAUGAUUAGUGUGCCCUGAUGAUCUGUGUAGCCCCAGCAGCGCACCUGUCAGUGUCCAUCAGUGCCACAUCAGUGCCCAUCAUCAGUGCCACAUCAAUGCCACAUAUCAGUGCCCAUCUGCCUUUCAGUGUCAUCCAUCAGUGCCAGUCAGUGCCACCUAUCAGUGCACCAAUCACCAAUCAGUGCCGCCUAUCAGUGCCAUAUAUGAGUGCUGCCUUUCAGUGCCCAUCAAUGAUGCCUGUCAAUGCCCGUCAGUGCCACCUACCAGUGCCUCCUCAUCAGUGCCACCUAUCA